AUGUCCUUUGAUUUAACGAACGAUACACAUCGCCGUUACAACCCACUCAAUCGCACGUGGGUACUUUGCUCACCACACCGCACACAACGUCCAUGGCAAGGUCAACAAGAAAAAGUGAGCCAAGAAAAGAAACCCGAGUACGAUACCAAUUGUUAUCUGUGUCCUGGAAACACACGUGCUCAUGGUGACAAAAAUCCCGAGUACACAUCCACGUUUGUAUUUCGAAACGACUUUGCAGCAUUAAGACCAGACCAACCAUCCGCCAACCAUGUCAUGGAUGAUGACUUGCUUCGAGUACAAGGGGUGCGAGGCGACUGCUUGGUAGUAUGCUUUUCACCACGUCAUGAUUUGACCAUGGCUGAGAUGGAUGUUGACACAAUCCUUGGUGUCAUCCAACAAUGGACCCAAUGCUACCGUGAUAUGACAGCAAAAGAUUACAUCAACUACGUGCAGAUUUUUGAAAACAAGGGUUCAGCCAUGGGAUGCUCCAAUCCCCACCCGCAUGGCCAAAUGUGGUGCAUGGAACGUAUUCCUAUCGAGCCACAACGUGAACUCGACUCGCUCAAUGCUUAUCGUGAUACGCAUCAUGGAAGAUGUUUAUUAUGCGAUUAUGCAAAUCGUGAGCUCAAAGAAAAAGAGCGCAUCGUUGUUGAAAAUGAUUCGUUUAUGGUGGUCGUCCCUUUUUGGGCUGUGUGGCCUUUUGAAACCCUGGUGCUGGCAAAGACGCACAUACAGUGUUUGUCCAAAAUGACAGAUGAUCAACAACGUGAACUAGCAGAUGUGCUUCGUCGCAUAACGUGUCGAUACGAUAACCUCUUUGAAUGCCCUUUUCCCUAUUCAAUGGGUAUUCAUCAAUCACCUGUGCGAGGCAAUCAUGAUGAAGCACACUUGCAUAUUCAUUUUUAUCCUCCUUUAUUAAGAAGUGCUACUGUCCGGAAAUUUCUAGUGGGAUUUGAGAUGCUGGGAGAGCCACAACGCGACAUCACACCUGAAAUGGCUGCAGAGAAGUUACGUGAACAAGAAGACGUCCAUUACAAGCAUCGUUCUUCAUAG